CAGAAGAGACUCUCUCUAUUCCUCUCUCUCUCGCAUUCGCACGCACGCACGUGCCACUCUCGCCCAGGAGUAGGGAGCAGUUAGGAGGAGAGAAGCGCUGGGCGGCAGGAAGGCUGCUUGCUUUCGAACCGAGCCGGCAAACAGACUGUGGAGACCCGAUCGACGUGCCCGUUGUGAGAUGCCUGGACGGGAGGCUGAUUGCUCCUCCUCUGGCGACCUGAAGGUGUUGAGCUCUAGCUGAGGAUGGCAGGAGAAUCCCGAGUCCACAUGGACCACGACAUGGAGAUAGGAGUCACACCUGGGCAGGUGAAGAAGCUCCCCAAGCACCUUCGCGAGGCGCAGAUCUCCACCGAGCGCACCCACCUGAUCUCCGACCCCGUCAAGAAGCCACGGCAGCGCUACGUCCAGAAGGACGGCAAGUGCAACGUGCACCACGGCAACGUGCAGGAGACCUACCGCUACCUGAGCGACUUGUUCACCACGCUGGUGGACCUCCGCUGGCGUCUCAGCCUGUUCAUCUUCACCCUGGUCUACGUGGUCAAUUGGCUGUUCUUCGGCCUGCUCUGGUGGCUCAUAGCCCUCAUCCGAGGGGACCUGUUCCACGCCGACGAGGAGGGGUGGACGCCCUGCGUGGAGAACCUUAACAGCUUUGUGUCGGCGUUCCUCUUCUCCAUCGAGACGGAGACCACCAUCGGCUACGGCUACCGCGUCAUCACGGAAAAGUGUCCCGAGGGCAUCAUCCUGCUCCUCAUCCAGGCCAUCCUGGGCUCCAUCGUCAACGCCAUGAUGGUGGGCUGCAUGUUCGUCAAGAUCUCGCAGCCCAAGAACCGUGCCGAGACGCUCAUGUUCUCCCACAAGGCGGUGAUCUCGGUGCGGGACAGCAAGAUGUGCCUGAUGUUCCGCGUGGGGGACCUGAGGAACUCGCACAUCGUGGAGGCGUCAAUCCGCGCCAAGCUGAUUCGCUCGCAGCAGACCAAGGAGGGCGAGUUCAUCCCGCUCAACCAGACAGACAUCAACAUCGGCUUCGACACCGGCGACGACCGGCUCUUCCUGGUGUCGCCGCUCAUCAUCUCCCACGAGAUCAACGAGAAGAGCCCCUUCUGGGAGAUGUCGCAGGCGCAAAUCGAGAAGGAGGAGUUUGAGAUCGUGGUCAUCCUGGAGGGGAUGGUUGAAGCUACAGGCAUGACGUGCCAGGCGCGGAGCUCCUACCUGGACACGGAGGUCUUGUGGGGUUACCGCUUCACCCCUGUCCUCUCCCUGGAGAAGGGGUUCUACGAGGUGGACUACAACAACUUCCACGACAUCUAUGAGACCAACACGCCCUCGUGCAGCGCCAAGGAUAUGGCUGCCAAGCUGAAGGAAGGUCCGCUGCUGCCCCAGCUGUCGCUGCUGACGCCUGAGCCCAAGGCCUACCCCACCACAGACCCCCUCGUGGGCCCAGGGCCCCUCUCCAGAGAGGAAGAGAAGGAGGGCGGCGUGGGGGGGGGACGGGUGGAGAGGGGGGAAACAAACGGCUCCGCCGCCGCUCUGGAGAACCAGCCGUGACGCGGACGUCCCCUGGACCGACCCCCAAUCCCACCCCGCGUCCCACCUCCCUUUCCACCAUCGUUGACCCAGAUGAAAAACUGAACUGGGCUGAACUGAACUGGACCAAGCAGAAGACGCUUCGUUUUAAUCAGCGGCCAGCUUCUUCCAUUGCGUUGCUCGGAGAUCAAAGACACCCUCCUCCCCUUCUUCAUGCAAUACUAUACCACCUUAGUGUCAAUCUAUAUGUAUAGGUUGGUUUUGUAGACACAAGUACACAUACUAAUAUGUACCCACAUGCUCUAAAUCGGUCCGAUUGUCUUUUUAUAGUUGACCGUAUACUUACAGUAUCUGCCAUAUAAUAGAUAAAGUGAUAUUAUACUGUAACUCAUUUUGAAACAAUUAGCCACAAGAGAAUAAUCAAGGCUUCCAUGAAUGAGUAGCCUCAUUUUAGAGUGCGUUGAUUCCGCUCAUUUGGACCUGUUUUGAUUCCAUCGCUAAUAAGCCACCCUCGUUCUUUCUUUCACACAUGAAAAUGGAUGAGAGUUAGUACCAAUCUCCAUCAGCAUUCUCUGCUGCUCCAGGGCAUGAAACAGGAAUUGAGGGAAUAUUUAGGGCGUGCUUUUGCCCCCAUUUCCCUGUAGACAGGAAGGGACUUCAGAGAACCCGAGACACAGUAGACCUUACCCUGUCAAGCUCAUUUGCGAAAUCAUGGUCACAAUUAUACUGUCACUGAUAAUUGAUGGUUUUGCGUGACAAAUCUCCAAGAACUGGGUCUCCACUAUUUGACCGCUGUUUGUUUGUUUGCUUUUUAUUUUUUUGAAACAGAGGAGACAGACAGUAGCUCGUUUGACUAUUUAUGGUGCAUAAUAAGCACAAGCUCUGCUAGAGUGUUGACUCCAACACAGCUUCCCACUCCUACUGGUUAAUGCAUAUUUGAGAACAUCGUGCUUAGAUAAGUAAAGACAAUGACAGGUAUCGAUGAUGUUCACUUUAAAGAGGUGAAUUCCUCCUUCCUGCCCACUGUGAUAUUUAUCUUAUUCCUCCUGUUCCUCGUAUUUCACCUUCGCUUGGUAUUCUUUUUUGUCUAAAGUCAUGUGAUUUAAACAAUGAAAUCUUUAUAUUUCUUGGCACAGCAGUCACCCUUGCUGCUAUUUAGCCCCUGCUUGCAAGACUGUAUGAUCCAUGUCACUACUGUUUAGACAUUCCACACACCUGUCCUGUGACGCAUUGAACAGUUAUUUUGAGGAUGAGUAAGUGUGUGAGGGAGUGUGUGUGUUUGUGUGUGUGUGUGUGUGUGUGUAAAGAGGGGGGGUGAGUUUGUGUGUGUCUUCGUGUGUGCGUGUGUCUUUGUGUGUGCAUGUGUGUCUUUGCGUGUGCGUGUGUGUGUGUGCAUUAGUGUGUGUGUGUGUGUGUGUCAAAGCUUGCAUGUUAAAUAACCCUCCCCCCACCCAUGCUUAAGCAUUACUAAAUAACAGGGUAUUUUUUAGGCAUGCAAACUGCAAUGGGAGAUUUUUACAAAUAUACAGUACUGUAAAAAACAAGAUAGCUAAAAUAACUAAUCUCAUUCACUGAGACAUAAAUUUAACAUUCAAUCAAUCCUUGUACACUUUUACUGAACGCCCAUUUUAUCACCUUUAUUUAUGAAUGUUUUUUAAUUUAUCUGUGACAUUGUAGCAUCAUUAUCUUAUUCUAAAACAUUUUGUUAUUUGAGGAACAGCCUCUCUCUCACCUGGCAUCACAUCUAUUUUCUGUGUUCUCAUGGGAAUAAACCUAACAUGGCCAAAACAACAAUGUUUCUGCUAGAUAACUGUGUAUGGCUGUGUGCACGUGUUUCUCUGGAAAGG